UACUGGUCCUUUUUGGACACUUCCUGCUUUUUUUUUUUUUAAAGUCGAGCUGCAGCCGCGUGCACGUCCCAUCCACUCAGGCCGGGCUGCUCCGUCGUGUGUCGCAGCAGUGUGUGUGUGUGUGUACGUGUGUGUGUGUGUUCAGGACUACAGCCGCUGCUGCCGGAGAGGCGAUAUUCUAAUUCUCUGCACCUAAGCGUUUAUUUGAGGAGGGAGAGGAAAGCGAGACGAAGCGUUGCGCAUUGACGGUGCCGCGCGGGAGGAAAGACGGAACAGGAUUCAAACAGGUGUCCGGUCGUCUCCCAUCAGCCCGGGCCCGGAGGAGGAGGAGGAGGAGGAGAAGGGGUGACAAGAAGGAAGGACAAGAAGGAAGGACGGACAUUGUGGAUAUUAAUUUUUCUUUUCAUGGGCAAAUCAGUCCGCUGAUUUGCAGAAGGUGUCGCGUGUCUUUCCGUGAACCGCGCUCCUGCGGCGAUGGAGACCGGACGGACGCACCGGGACAAACCGGGAGUGUUGUAAAAAACCAACAAAAAAAACCCCGUUGAGAGCUCGUGUGGAGACGAGGAGGACAGGUGAAGACCUCUCCUCUCUCGGUGCUCCACUCCCCUCGGAGGAGGAGGAGGUCAGACGACGAGGGGGAGGCGGCGACCGACAUCCCCCACGGGACAGGCCGACGGAGCCACGCCGCUAACAGGUGUGUCUGAGGAGGGCGCGCGCAUCGCUCCAAUCUGCACCGCCCGCCGCGCCGCGCCGGCCCGGUCCCGAACCCAACCGCUCCGAACUCUUUGUUCGCGCCGACGUCCCGCCAGGCGGCGGCCGCUCCGGAGUUCCGCUCGGACGUGUUUUGGGCAUCAUUCUUUUCCUCUUUCGGUCUUCUCGCAGAUUGCCAUUGGUGCGUAACAGCAGAGGAGGAAGAAGAAGGAGGAGGAGGAGGAGGAGGAGGUGGUGAGCCGAACGGCACAUUUAAAAAACAACAACAACCCCGAAUGGGACUUUGCGUCUCGGUCGUUUGUGUUGGUGUUUGUGGAGGAGUGGAGGGGACGUAGAGGUUCGGACCGCUCCGUUCAGGGGUCUUUCGGGGGGAACCUCGCUCUUUAUUUCCCACCCAACGUCUUUAGCAGGUCUCGCCCGCGGGGUGACGGGACGAGCGAGCGCCUCCGUCGGUCCCGUGGCUUCGGACCGACUUGUGACUUCAAAGGACUGUUCGCACAAAGUGUUUGAUCAUGACGACGAGGCGAGCCGGCGGCGUGGCGGACACGGUGACGAGCUCCACCACCACCUCCUCCUCCUCCUCCUCCGCCACCAACCACCACCAGAACCAGCAGAGGAGCCGGAGUCCCGGCGGCGCGGCGGCUACGCCGGCGUCCGAGGCGGCGGCGGCGGCGACCGGAGGAGGAGGAGGAGGAGGCGCGGAGAUGUUCGGCGAAUUUCAGGGCUGGUGCCUGCGCACGUACGGGGACUCCGGGAAGACCAAGACCGUGACCCGGCGCAAGUACAACAAGAUCCUGCAGACGCUGCUGCAGGGGGACGAGGAGAACAGCAACGGGCUGUUCCUGCACGAGAAGAGCGGCGGCCACAUCAACGCCAAAUUCAAAUUCUGGGUCAAGUCCAAGGGCUUCCAGGUCGGGACGCUGCCCGAGGGCAGGAACGGCUCGUCGGACCGGCCGGUGCUGUACGUGCCCAUCAAGGCGACGUGUGUAGACAGUGUAUCCGGGGUCGACUCGUCCCUGAAACGCGUGGCGGUGGUGGAGGAUUUCUUCGACAUCAUCUACGCCAUGCAUGUGGAGAUCAGCAGUGAUCCAGGCAAAUCACCAAAGCACGCCGGCCAGAAGAAAACCUACAAAGCUAUUGCCGAGACGUACGCCUUCCUGCCCAGAGAGGCGGUGACUCAUUUCCUGAUGAGCUGUGGAGAGUGUCAGAAGAGGAUGCACAUCAGCACCACAGGACAAGACUACAAAGAGAACGACAGGCCGAGCUCUCUGGUGUCGGAGGUGAUAGACUACAACAUGCCGCUCACCACCACUUACAUGAAGCAGAUGAGGCUGCAGUGCAUGAGCUACAACAAGGAUGACAGUUCACUGAGCAGCGAGGAGGAGGCAGAGAUGAGCGAGCCCACAUGGCUAGCACCUGAUCUGGGAGCAGCGUCUGACCUGAGCCUGCCAAGCCGAGGAGAGAGGAUGCGCCACAGUCCCCAGACCACACACAGCAAGGAGGAUGACGAUGAUUCAUCAUCAGAGAGCGGCAGUGGCAAUGGCCUGCCUGUACUGACCCCUCCUUCCUCCGCUGUGUCGGAUGGCGCCAUCGUCAGGGAAACCAAGGUCGUCAACGGCAACGGUGGCCCCGUCCCGCUUGACUUCAGCACACCGACUUCCUCGUCCUCGUCGUCCGAGGACCAGCAGCCGAUGAACCUGAGUGACCCGCCCCCUCAGCGCCUGCCCCUGUCCACCUCUCACCUGCCCGUCACGGUGUCGGCAGCGGCCGCGGCGCUGCUCGGCGCUCUGCAUCCCAACGCACCCGAGGAACUCCGCAGGAAGUACCCGCUGGCUGCCAAACCUCCGCUGGCUCCACACCCAGCCCUGCCGCUGCCGCUGCCGCACACACGCACCCCUCACACACAUAAUGCGCACACACCCAACACGCAGUCCCACACACACACCGGUGAGCUGCGACUGGACCAAGACAGCAGGGACUACGGGGGCAAGUCUCCACAGUACAGUUCAGGCGGCAGCUACGACAGCGUGAAGAUGGACUUGAGUGCCGAAGACCUGACCAUGGGGCGUCACGGCGGCCAAGUUGCCCCCGACGAUGACGACGACGACCACGACGACCACGAUGACAACGACAAGAUCAACGACGCAGAGGGAGUCGAUCCCGAGCGACUAAAGGCCUUCAAUAUGUUUGUGCGUCUGUUUGUGGACGAGAACUUGGAUCGGAUGGUGCCCAUCUCCAAGCAGCCCAAGGAGAAGAUCCAGGCCAUCAUCGAGUCCUGCAGCAGACAGUUCCCGGAAUUCCAGGAACGCGCCCGCAAGCGCAUCCGCACCUACCUCAAAUCCUGCCGACGCAUGAAGAAAAAUGGCAUGGAGACCCGACCUACUCCACCUCACCUCACCUCAGCCAUGGCUGAGAACAUCCUGGCUGCCGCCUGCGAGAGUGAAUCACGCAACGCCGCAAAGAGGAUGCGCCUCGAAGCCUAUCACGAUGAUCAGAUCUCUCUGGACAAGCCGUCCAGCGGUGGAGGAGGACUGAGGGAGCCGGCGUCCCUCGCUCACUCUGCCUACUCCCUGGCCGCAUCCGCCUUCUCUUCACAGGACGCCCAGCUAUACAUCAACGGAGCAGGCCUGAGCUACGGUUACCGUGGAUACCCAGGCCUUGGCGCUGCCAUGCAACACCCCGUUUCCCUGACGACCAGCGCUGCUGCUCAGAGUAACGGCCCCACAGACCUCAGCAUGAAGUCCCUCGCCUCUGCCAACAUCAUUAACUCCUCCUCGUCCGCCGCCGCCAACAGCCUGGGUGGACGGGGCAGCGGGGGCGCCGGAGGGGGCGGGGCCUCGACCCAGCUCAGCCAACCGGAGAUCACGGCUGUGCGUCAGCUGAUCGCCGGCUACCGGGAGUCGGCGGCUUUCCUGCUUCGUUCGGCGGACGAGCUGGAGAACCUCAUCCUGCAGCAGAACUGAUUUGUGGGAAAUGUGGGAGAACGCACGCACGCAAACACACACACACACACAAAUGCACACAUACAUACACACACACACUCUACAUGAUGUUUGUUUUGUGUCCGUCUGCGUCCGCCUGUCUCUCCUUUUGGAAGCUGAACACCAGACUUCCUCUUGUUUUUGCUCUGCCCUCAUCUGCCUUCUCUUCGGAAAGAGUGCCCACUUUUCAUUUUUGGAGACAAAGUAUGGAGGGGGGGCCACCAAUCCCCCCACAGCCAUUCCCAAAACAAUCCACCACAAUCCUAACAAAUCAAUUCUGCCUGAGGAGGGGAAUGUUUUUUAGUUUUUCUUUAAGGAGAAGACGAGCACUUGGACUGGAGGAAUCCUUCUGUCCUCUGGAAUCGCCUCACAAUCAGCUCUGCACUCUGAGCGAAGGAGUGUGGAGGAGAGGAGGAGGAGGGGGAGACAAGAGAGGUGGAGAAGACUGCUGCCGUGGUUUCAGCAGAUAAGAAAAGACUUUUGUCCUCAUGGGAGGAAAAGUGAAGAUUUUGAGUUUCCUUUGUGAAGCUCCAACCCAGGUGGGGUUUGAGUGACGGGUUCCCCGGCCAACACUGUCUUACGUUCGUAACAAUUUAAAAAAAAAAAAAGAUAUCUAAUGACUCCCUGAUUUAGUACUACUGAAAAAAAAUUGCUUUUGAUUUGACUGAACAUUUGAUGUUUUUUGGGGGAGUCCAGUGAGCAUUUACAUUUUUUUCUGGAAUUCUUUUUUUCUUCCCAAGUGACUGAAAGAAAGACAAGGUGUUUGACUUAAGAAAGCACUCACAGCGGAAAAGACUCUGAGUCCGGACGGGCCUGAUGACGGGAACUGGAAAAGAAAUUAGAAAAAAAGUUGUUUGUUUGGUUUAAGAAAAAAAAAAAAAACGAAGAAAAAAAAGGAGAGAAACUUUUUCUGUGCUCGCUUGUACAUAAGCUCUCUAUGUCCUUUAGCACUUUCCCCUCACCUGACACCUCCCCCUGAACCCCCCCCCCCUUAUCCUCACCCCUUUUACCCAGGGAGCAACUUGCUACUUAUGCAUCCAAGACGCCAUGUUGACCACCAGGAAAUACCUCAGAUCAGACCUGCCAAUCCCAUUUUCAAUUCCUCACACACACACACACACACACACACACACACACACACACACACACUGCGAGUGAGUGGUAACAUUCCCACCAGAAGCCAGUUUACUUCUACUUCACCACCUGAUGUCUUCAGGUUUUGAAUAUUUUUGGCGGGAGAAUCAGACGAUGUUGCGCUCAAGACGUUUAAUGUCAAAAGCGAUUCAGCAUUUUUUCCAGAAAACUGAUGUUGUAAACUUUUGAAACACUGAAAUCUUUUGACUUGUCUUUCAACUGUGCGGGUUUUGUUCGUGUGCUGCUGUAAAUAAUCAGUUCGUGUUAAAAAACUUGAGAAGAAACGGAGCUGAAGUCGACAGGAGAGGUGACGUCGUCCUUCAAGUGGAGUGAGUGAGCGAGUGAGUGUGUGUGUGUGUGUGUGUGUGUGUGUGUGUAUGUGUGUGUGUGUGUGUGUGUGUGUGUGGAGGAGGAGGAGGAGAAGGGUAUUAAAUGAAGGAGGGGGUUAAAUGUUGAUUACUGGUGGGAAUUUUACCUCCCACUUCUUCUUACAAAUGUAGUAAUGCCAACGAAACCUCAGCAUCGCUCUGUUGAACACCCCUCCUUUCCUUACUCCCCUCCCUUCCUCCCUCCCGCCCUCCCUCCCUCCCUCUCUCCUUCUCUCCAUUGGACCUACUCUACACUUCUUCUUCUUCAUGGACCUAAACAUCCUCCUCUUCCUCCUCUCCUCCCUGGUCCGGUCCAGGUAUCGGAGGAAGAGGAGGACUGCUCUGUCUUUACUGUGUUUUGUCUGUUAAACUCUGAGAUGGCCAUUACCAUUGCUAUUAUUGUUAUCAUUAUUAUUAUUAUUACUACAAUUAUAAUGAUGAACUUUCAUGUUGCUGCUGCUAUACAAAAACCGGACCUUCUGCCAUAGACCUGAAACCUCAACAACGGCGGGCAUUAGCUCGCCCUCAGUGCCCCACGGGAGCCCGACCGACCGACCGACCUCCUGCGGCCUCGGCUGCAACUUCAGCUCGACCACGAGGAAGCAAAAACAAGUCAAACACCCACAAGAACUUUGAAGUAUCGGGAAAACACAUCUUCAACCUCUCACACGACUCGGACUUGGACUUGGUUGGUCGGCGUCUUUGAUUUUGCUUCACAGGGCUCGAUUAAUGUUGUGUUGUGUGACUUUCUAACUGUGAAUUCUCUCCGCGCUUUCGUUUUGUUCCCAUGUUCUUUCCGUCCUCCGGACGCCGUAGGGAGGUGUGUGUGUCCGCAGAGUCCUGCACGUUCGCCACGGCUCUCCGCAUCAGGCCAACAAGUGCACACUCACGCACCACUCGAGGGGGCCAAUGAUUCUGGGUAGAAAUCACCGUUUUAUGAUGAGACAUGUUUUGGUUCAUUUGGUCCGGGGGCCAAGAAAAGAGACUUGAGUCUGAAGCGCUGAAUUGCUGAGAGUUGGUGAAUCCUUCAUUAUAGAAUUAUCAAGUUUUUACACCUUAUGACGUUUUUGGUUUUUUGGGGGGUUUUGCCAAACUGACAAGACAAAUGGGGGAAGAGGAUUGUUGGUAGUAGUUUCUAAUUGUUGGUAGUAGUUUGUUAAAUUUUUGUAUCAGACGGUGUUUUGAUCCAGCAGCUCCUGGUUGGUUCUGUUCACUCGACACCUGUUGUUGGACAAUGAACAAAAAAGACAAAUGUGGCUUAUUUCCUCCCGAGUCGUCGCUCUGUGUUCUGUGAUUCUGCUGUUUCUCCUCAGUUCGACUGUCAUGUCACUGUAACUUGCUCCCUUUUUGCACACUGAGCGAAGCAACAGUCCUCCGUGAUAUGGGGCGGGGGGUCUCUGUGUAUGUAUGCAUGUUUCCCACGAGGAACCCCACCUUCACCUUGCACUGGUUAGAGCGAAGGAAGGGUUGCGGUGCUUUCGUUUGUUUGUUAGUUUGUUUUUUGCAAAUGCAGCUGAUAAUCAUAGCAUUCACUGGUCUUUAGACGUCGAUGACAGGCGGUGAGGUCUGUAUCAUACACACUGGAGGGCGAGCUGUGUGGCCGCAGAGCAGAGGACGCAUUAAGUUAUUUUGUUCGUAUCCAUGAACACAAAAGACCUCCACCUCAAUUUAUGAAUCCAAGAAUUACCCGACCACUGAAUACGUGUGGUGAGUCAGGAGACAGUGCAACCGUGUGACGUGCACAUGUGAAAUACUGUGAAGGGUUUGAUGUGAUAGUGGCGUGAGUGAAGGUCCCUGAAUUCAGAGAAGGACCAGAUGUUGUUUUUUUUCUCAUUUGAUUUCAAUCCCAACAUCUUGACUCUUGACUGAGACAGUUUCUGCAUUACAGACUGUUAAGGGCAUCAAAUUUAAAAAUCUGAAAAAUGAAAAGUGCCACAGAAGCAGAUGAGAUGUUUAUGCAACGGCAACAUUUUGAAUACAAUUUAUUCACGAUGAGACGCUCGAGAGACGUCUGCGUUUCUUCAACUGAUAUGCGGGACCUGACGUGAGCUGUUGUUAUUUUUCUCUGCGUCUGUUUCUGCUUUGAUCACUGGAGAAAGACAAUUAUGUAAAAAUCACCCUAGGGUUCUAAGAAAAAAGCCGUUUGUAAUGCUCUGCGCGGUGAAGAGGCUCCUCCUCUUCCUCCUCCCUCCACCUCCUCUUAGUUUGAUUCUUGUUCCUAUCAGCUAAAACAAAAAAAUCCCUCUUCUGCUUCUGCUUCUUAUUUUUGUUUUGUUUUGUGGGUAUAAGUCAUUUUAACAAACAACAAUUAACCUCUGAGAUGAACGCAAACACUGAAUCACUGACCUCAAAAUAUUAAGAGUCAUAAACUGUGUUAAGCAUAAAGGCUGAGAGUCAUACCUGCGAUUAGUCCGAAGAGACGGCGGUGUCGACGUCCUUUAUCAACGUCGGAAGAAUCUUCUUCUCCAGGUUUUUCUACGCGUGUUUCUGAGCCCGGGUCAGUUUACUUCAAAGCCAGACGGCGACAGAACAGUGAAAACACCAACAACUGUAUAAAAGAGAGAGAGAGGGAAAAAAAGGCAAAUGACAAUCUUUAGAAAGGUGUAAUUUGCUCACUGUUUGAUUUCCGUUCCCCGUAUGUCUGUUGUUUACGGUGGGACAGACGGGGAGAAGGAUCCGAGUGUUUGAGCCAUAAUCAGAGAGUUCGUACUCCGAACCUCCUCCUCCUCCUCCUGCUGUUGUUGUCGACGUCUCUACUCGCCGAGCAAACGGUCGACGCGUUUCUGAUCUGAUUUCUAUUUUUUACUCUCACGUGAUUAAUAUUCUUGUUAUAAAUGUUCUGAUUCUUCUUAAUAUUAUUCUUUUAUAGAUAUAUUUUGUAGUGCGAGUAAAGUGGUCUUUUUAUUUAUCUUUAUUUUUUGGGGGGAGAAGAUAUUUUGUACAAUAUUCCAAAAAGCCGACAACUGCACAUUCCAAACACGGGAGUCAGCAGACGGAACACCUGAGACGUUUGUUUCAUCAGCUCGCUCAGCCAGGUCUUUAUUCUCCUCCUAAAUCAAACGAUCAAAGAGAAAUCUCAGCUACGUAUUGACCUUCACUCCUUGUGCUUUAUAUCCCCCAUGUAUUUUACCCUCAAAGGAUUUCCGCUUAAAAAGUCAGCUCCCUCUUUAAAGGUUAUGCUCAGACACCACAGUAAACCGACAUGUUUGUAAGAUUAUGAUCCUACAUCGAUCUGCCGUCUUACAAUAAAAGGAUACAAGGUCGACCUCUGAGACGUGACGCUCCAGAGCUCUGGCGUGUGGAGGACAGAGCAAACGGACCCUUAAAACUAUAGGUAAACUAUAAAACAAACUAAAAAAUUUAAUGUCAUUUUCUAUUUUCCAAACAACUAACAGGGCCCAGAAAUCUAUUGCCCUUCUGCUAGUGGCUUCUGGACUCAAACUGAUGGCGGUCGGGUCCCUGCAAACCCUCACACACUAGUUGAACGUCUCUGGUCGGAUGUGAAGCUCAACACACACACACGGAAGAAAAAGACUUGGGGAUAGAAAGUAAAGUAAAGUUGAGCUUUUUUUUUUUUUGCAUUUUUCUAUCGGGGUGCAGCUCCCUCCUGUCAAAAUGUUCUUUUCUUUUUUUAAAGGCGUCCUGAGUCGUUUUGCAGUUUGUUUUUUGUUCCUUCUCCGUGGUGCUUUAGAUCCCGUCCUUUCUGAUUUUUAGUGACUAGUUAGUGACCUUAGUUUCAUUCUUUUCUCUUUUCUUUCCGUCUUCACCCGACUGUGUACGAGACUCUUGAUUGUCUUGAUUUCCUCUGCCGGAGCUUUGUACCUGCAGAAAAAAAAACAAUUAGAAACCUGUACUCUCCUCAUGAUUUGACUCAGUGGAAGUGUGAUGUUUACAUGUACAGAUUUUUGAGGUUCUUUCUCGUUUUCGUUUAGUUUCUUCUCAUCUCUCCAUCAUUCUCCCUCCUCUCCCUUCGCUCUCCCCCUCAUCCCUGGUUUCAGUUAACCUGACUCCUUCCUUACACAACGAAGGGAAAUGGGACUGCGUCUAAACACAAUAAUCACCGUUUUCACAUAUAAGCCAAUCGCAUUAGGGGACACGUUGACUUUUUGAAUUUCAGGCGGUCACCCUUUUUUCAAAGGGUAUAGAAUUUGUUUUAUUUUAAUCUUAAUCCCUAGGCCUCGUUAGCAUUCAGCUAGUAUUGCAAUGCUUCAGGUGCUCAUGUCUUUAAUUGUGUGUGGACACCGAUUCACAGUGGAGAAUAAGUUUACGUGCUUGGUGAAAAAAACGUGGCGGCUGAAAUUAAAAAACGAGGCAGGAACCAGAUUGUUUGGGAGGGGGGGAGGUGGGGGGGGGGUGGAGUUGUGUAUUUGUUUGGCUCUGGGGGAGACUGACCUUUGACCUCUCGGCUAACUCCACAGCACACACAAUCACAGUGGGGCCACAAUGACCCUCCACUGGUGUGACCAGGAUCCGGUGGAGACGAUUCCUCAGUGGAUGAUAAGCCAUGACAGACCCCGUGUGUCGGGUCUCUUAGUCUAUUAGUAUAUUUAGCAAAACUUUAAACUGCAAGAUGACAAAACUCAACCUCAGGAAGAAAAAAACAAAUGGACAUCGCUUUUUUUAAAAACACAUGAAGGAACUGAAGGCCCAUUUCCCUCCCUCUUUGAUACCAUAUAAAUUAUAUCAAAAAUUCUUUUUUAUAUUUAUUGUGUUUAUUAUAAUAUAUAACAGUGGAUACCUUCUUUUCCCCCAGUACCUGUGGCUAAUUAUUUUGAUUCUUUAGAAAAGUGUUGAUAAUAUAUGUGAAGCGUCUUAAGUGAUUGAGGAAGAAAAAAAAAAGGAAUUUUUAAAAAUGGAAAAAAUCUAGGCUUUUUCUUUUUUGUUUGUUGAAUCUGUUGGAGCGGUACGGGCGCGUUUGUUUAGCCUAAAACAUAGAGAACAUAUCACUCGGGUCCAUGACAAAGAAACCAAUGAUCGAAAAAAAAAACGGAGCUUUCCUUUGUGUGAUGUCACUGCUGAGGCUGAAAUGUUUCUGGACUUGGAAAAAAAUAAUUGUGACCAUUUAGGUUUUUUUGUUUUGUUUUGUUUUGGGUUACAUUUGUUUUCUCCCGAGCUGUACGUCACAAAGCUAAAUAUACUAAUAAAAACAGUGUGCUAUCUAUCAA